AAUGGGGCAGCCCUCGCCCCGCGCUGUUGGGCUCAUCACGAGUUCUGCUUGGUCUCAGCCCAUUUCUCCACCUUCUUUGCUGGGUGAUGUAAGGAAUGAAACCCUAUAACCUACGCAACGUUACAAAGCAGGGAUGCUGAUUAUGGUGUCUCUUCCUGACUCUCACACCAAGGAGAGCAGCGAAUACACGUUUAGAGAGCUUAUGCCAUUUAGCCAUGAAAACAAACAAAGUCAUCUAAGGGGUUGGUGUAGCACUUUAAUCUGCCUCCAAAUUGCCUGUAAAUCAGUUUCUGCCCGUCGAUUUUGGUCCACAUGAGCACAGCGACUUUGAUCCUCCACCCGACGUUUUUAGGGUUUGGACUGUCAUUAUUCCUGUGUAUAAGGAAAUGGACCGGGUACUGUUAAUGAGCAAUAAGUCAGAUCUGGGGCCUAGCUUACUCUGAUUUUAUUCCCCAUAUUUACAAUUGCCUCCAGCCUUUUCCAUCUGGUUUGUUACCCAAUCUGGGAUUGUCCAAUUUAGUGCAGCUACUCCAGAAACUGGCAUCCUCCCCUCCCUGGCCCUACAUACCCAACAAGCUGAAACAUUCAAAGCUUGACUAAGAUUUUCAGUUAGCUUUGCAGAGGCAUUUUCAGGGCAAGCUAAAGCAUGAGUUAAAAUUGUACAGGAUAGAUAAGUAUGGAGCAUUCUGUUUUCCUUUUGUAAGUGUCAGAUGUCCCAAGGGGGUAGCAGUCCAUCGAGGAUCUGGGGCCUUCUUUGCCCUGGAGUGAUGAGUCCACAAAGAUGCCUCCCUGAUUCUGAUUGCUGUGUGCAUGGGAAGAAGUACCUGGAAUGGUCAUAAAAUCAUAGAAUCAUAGAAUGAAAGAAUGGCCUGGAUUGAAAAGGACCACAAUGAUCGUGUUGUGAUCACGAUGAGGUUCUUCUGGAGAGAGGAGGAGGUGAACCGACCACAUCCUGAUCUCUAAAGUGGAGAGCUGUGGGUUUCAAGGGUGGACAACUCGGUGGGUAAGGCAUUGGAUGGAUGGUCGUGGUCACAGGGUGGUGGUCAGUGGCUCUGUGCUCAGCUGCAGGUGGUGCUGAGUGGUGUCCCCAAGGGGUCCGUCCUGGGAACGGGGCUCUUCGACAUCUUCAUCACUGGCAUCAAUGACAGAUGGAGUGCACCCUCAGCAGUUUGCUGAUGACACCGAGCUGAGCGCUGCGGUUGACACGGCAGAAGUAAAGGAUUGUCCCUCUCCUCCUCCAUCACAUGGCACCGUCUGGAGCACUGCACCCAGGUCUGGGUGUCCCAUCACAGGAAAGACGUGGAGGUGUUGGAAUGGGUGCAGAGGAGGUCACGGCGAUGCUGAAAGGGCUGCAGCAGCUCUUCUGUGAGGAAAGGCUGAAGGAACAUGGCUAAUAAGAACACAGAACAUCUCACUGGGGGCAUCAUUCAAAUGCCCCGACUUCUUUUCUGCUUUUUCCCAAUUCUCUCCUCCAUACCCACGAAGUGGGCACUGAGCGGAGGGGCUGAGCUGUGCUGGGUAACACCACAACCCUGUGGCUGCACUGCCUGGUGCUUCAUGGCCCCGACAUUGAUGUGUGGAGUCCUUUGCUGCCCUCCAUCCCCAGAGCUGGGACGGGAGCACUCAGGGCAUGGCUGGGAACUUUCCUCCCUUCCUUUGUUUGUUCCCUGUCAGCAGCAGUCAGUGGUCCCAUUGCUGUUUCUUGUUUCACUGCCAGUGUGGGAUACUCCCUGUGCCUUUUGCUUUCACUUAUGGGAAAGGGAGUGGGACAGCCUGAAGGAGUUGCCGAAGGGAGGAGGGGAUAGCACACGGGGCUGUGCCACCUCCUGUGCCCAUGCACUGUUGCUGAGCAGUGCUGCACAGAGCUGGGCAUCUGCAUCCUUCCGAACAUGGAGCACACUGUCCUGGGCUGGGUGCUGCUGCUCGGCACCUGGACUGGAGCAUCCACUGCCAGCAGCAAGAAUGGCCCCUUAGAUGAGGUGGAGAUGGACAUGGCCCCCAACUCCUGUGAUGACCAGUACCAGGGCUGCGUCAACUUGAUGGAGGCUGAGCUGCCGGAGCUGAACCGCACCGAGUUCAACAACGAGGACUUCGCUGAAGGCUGGAGAUUUGCCAUCAAGGAGUGGCAGAAGCGAUGGGGUCGUACUGCCAGACAACCACCAUUGUGUUGUGAUCAGGGAUUGGCCCUGAUGGCAUACACGACACAGAUGGAUCUGUACGAGGUGUUCAACAGAGCCACACGAGAGGGUGGGCGCUCCCAGCAGCACUACCUGAGCUCCUACCCCUUCAAGACGCUGCAUUUCCUCCUGAUCAGAGCCCUGCACACCCUGAGGAGAUCUCAGCCCCAGCGAUGCUUCCAGGUGUACUGCAGUGUCAGGGGCAUCCACUACACAGCACAGCAAGGCUAGGUGGUCCACUUCGGCCAGUUCAGCUCCUCCUCCUUCAACCAGGUGGUUGCUAAAUCUUUUGGGCAGGACACGUUCUUUUCAGUGGAGACCUGCUAUGGUGUGCCCAUCAAGGAAUUCUCCACUUUCCCCACUGAAGAUGAAGUCCUCAUCCCACCCUUCGAGCAGUUUGAGGUCACCAACAUCACCUACGAUGGGGACAGAAGAGUAAUCCAGCUCCGCUCCCAGGGGAUGCACAGCACCUACAACUGCGAGUUCGUGAAGGCUAAGGAGAAAAGGUGCAAGGAGCGGCCGUGUGCUUUCAGCGCAGGCAGGAGCGGCCCCACGGAAGCCCCACACCUCUGGGUGCUCCUCCUGGCAGCCGCAGCCCUGGCAGCCCUGGGAGAGCCCUGA